AUGCUACCUAUAGAUACAUUUUUAAAACUAGGUGUUGAUCCUCAUUUUAUUCAACUUUUCAAAACUGUUGUCACUAAGAGUAGAUUUAGAUCUCACAAUGAAAUGUCAUUAGAAACACUUGUAUUGGAAUCUAUGAGGUUGGAACCAAGCUUCAUGGACUUAUAUUUCAUUCUUGGAACCGCCGUUGAAAGUGGAGAAACCGUUCGACUCCCCAGUGGAAAGAUAAUGAAUCGAGAGCAACUUUUUCUAAUGGCAAUUCAUUCUCUACCAAACAAGUGGAAUGCAUAUUACUAUUUGUCAAAGGAGGGGGACGGAAAUGAAUCAGUAACACUUCUCAAUGGUAAGACAAUGACCAGGUUACAACUCCUCUUGAAAGCAAUCGAUUUGAAUCCAACCAAUGAAGAUUUCUACAUUGCCAUUGAGCAACUCCUAUGGAAAACACACAAUCAUCACCUUGCCCACCACGGUGAAAAGAUGAAUAGACAAACGUUGACUCUACGUGCCAUCAAACUCGAUCCUCAAGAAGAAAAGUACAUCUUGAUUCUUACUGAAACUCUCGAUGGUAGUCAAGCGACCGUAAGGCUUCCAAGUGGUGAAGCAAUGAACAAGAAACAACUGUUUCUUCGAUCGAUCAAGUUGAAUCCAUAUUUUGAGAUCUCAUACACCAAGCUUGCCGAGGAAAUGAAGAAGGACGAUACCAUCAGAUUGCCAUCCGGUGAGAUGGCGACAAAGAGACAGAUCUUCUUGAAAGCUCUCGGCAUCAAUCCAAAUCACGAUUGUACCUACUACCGUAUUCUGGAUGAUCUUCAAGAUUGGGAAACCAUUACAUUACUAUCUGGUCGAGUGAUGACAAAGCAGGAUAUCUAUUUAGAGUUGAUAAAGAGCAAGCUUGGCAAAGCUAUAAACUAUUUAUAUCUUUCACAGACACUUCUUUCCGACACUGAAACAAUACUGUUGCCAAUUGGUGAGAAUAUGACAAAGAGACAACUUAUGCAAACUUAUGAAUUCUUAAAAGAUAGAUAUACUCAAAGUCAAUUCUAUUGUCACUAG